GUCCGCAGGAUUGGGACUGUUACAGAGGUCGCCACGGAGCCCGCCGGAGCCACCGUUCCUGCUGCUGCUGCCGCUGCCCGAAUCGGAACCGUCGGGCCGCAGCCGCCGGCAAUGCCGCGAAGGAAGAGGAAUGCAGGCAGUAGUUCAGAUGGAACCGAAGAUUCCGAUUUUUCUACAGAUCUUGAGCACACAGAUAGUUCAGAGAGCGAUGGCACAUCCCGACGGUCUGCACGCAUCACCCGCUCCUCAGCCAGGCUGAGCCAAAGUUCUCAAGAUUCCAGCCCUGUUCGAAAUUUGCAGUCUUUUGGCACGGAGGAGCCCGCUUACUCCACCCGAAGAGUGACGCGAAGUCAGCAGCAGCCCACCCCUGUGACUCCAAAAAAGUACCCCCUGCGCCAGACGCGCUCCUCCGGCUCAGAAACCGAGCAGGCGGUUGAUUUUUCAGAUAGAGAAACCAAAAAUGCAGCUGACCAUGAUGAGUCACCACCUCGAACCCCGACUGGAAAUGCACCUUCCUCGGAGUCUGACAUAGACAUCUCCAGCCCCAACGUGUCCCACGAUGAGAGCAUUGCCAAGGACAUGUCCCUGAAGGACUCCGGCAGCGACCUUUCUCACCGCCCCAAGCGCCGUCGCUUCCACGAAAGCUACAACUUCAAUAUGAAGUGUCCUACACCAGGCUGCAACUCACUAGGACACCUUACAGGAAAACAUGAGAGACAUUUCUCCAUCUCAGGAUGCCCACUCUAUCACAACCUCUCGGCUGACGAAUGCAAGGUGAGAGCACAGAGCCGGGAUAAGCAGAUAGAAGAAAGGAUGCUGUCCCACAGGCAAGAUGACAACAACAGGCAUGCAACCAGGCACCAGGCCCCCACCGAGAGGCAGCUGCGAUAUAAGGAAAAGGUGGCUGAACUCAGGAAGAAAAGAAACUCUGGCCUGAGCAAAGAACAGAAAGAGAAGUAUAUGGAACACAGGCAGACCUAUGGGAACACUCGGGAACCUCUCUUAGAAAACCUGACAAGCGAGUAUGACUUGGAUCUCUUCCGAAGAGCACAAGCCCGAGCUUCAGAGGAUCUGGAGAAGCUAAGGCUUCAAGGUCAAAUCACAGAGGGUAGCAACAUGAUUAAAACAAUCGCUUUUGGCCGCUAUGAACUUGAUACUUGGUACCAUUCUCCCUAUCCUGAGGAAUAUGCACGGCUGGGACGUCUCUACAUGUGUGAAUUCUGUUUAAAAUAUAUGAAGAGCCAAACAAUACUCCGCCGACACAUGGCCAAGUGUGUGUGGAAACACCCACCGGGUGAUGAGAUAUAUCGCAAAGGCUCAAUCUCUGUGUUUGAAGUGGAUGGCAAGAAAAACAAGAUCUACUGCCAAAACCUGUGCCUGUUGGCCAAGCUUUUUCUGGACCACAAGACACUGUAUUAUGAUGUGGAACCGUUCCUGUUCUAUGUGAUGACAGAAGCAGAUAACACUGGCUGUCACCUGAUUGGCUAUUUUUCCAAGGAAAAGAAUUCAUUCCUCAACUACAAUGUAUCCUGUAUCCUUACCAUGCCUCAGUACAUGAGACAGGGAUAUGGCAAGAUGCUCAUUGAUUUCAGUUAUUUGCUUUCCAAAGUGGAAGAAAAGGUUGGCUCCCCAGAACGCCCACUCUCAGAUCUGGGCCUCAUAAGCUAUCGCAGCUACUGGAAAGAAGUGCUUCUCCGUUACCUGCAUAAUUUCCAAGGCAAAGAGAUUUCUAUCAAAGAAAUCAGUCAGGAGACGGCCGUGAAUCCCGUGGACAUUGUCAGCACUCUGCAAGCCCUUCAGAUGCUCAAGUAUUGGAAAGGAAAGCACCUGGUUUUAAAGAGACAGGACCUGAUUGAUGAGUGGAUAGCCAAAGAGGCCAAACGGUCCAACUCCAACAAAACCAUGGAUCCAAGCUGCUUAAAAUGGACCCCACCCAAGGGCACUUAAAGUGACCUGUCAUUCUGAGCCAGCGAACCCCAGCAGUAGGAAUCCGUACCCUAGGGAUCUGUCUGUCAUUUCUGUUGCUCUUGUGAUUGGCAAGUACAGUAUCCUUUGGGAAGGCCAUCCCCCUCAGGACUGUCCUGGCUCCGACCUUUGUGUACACUGCAGACGCUGGUUCUGAGGAACUGUUGUUUCGGCCUCAGUGAGGUUGCCUGGCUGGGAUCUGUGUUCGACUCGACGCAGAGCCCUCAUAGCACUGACCCAAGGAGUUCUGUUAUGGUACUGUACCUGUCCAGUCACUGGUUCUCUCCUCACGUCCUCUAGCCCCAUGAGGUUGUGUUGUGUCUUCUGAACUUCGUACUAGUGCUUCUUGCCACCCGGUCACCAGACCUCCAAAUACGGUUGUUGCCACCACCAGGACCCUUCCAGUUCCUCCUGACGCACGUGUUUUGUGGAGGGGCAGGGCAGAGGUAGCACUUGGGAGUGAGUGUGUGUGAGUACUGGGGGGGGUUCAUUCACUUUGAAUUUCAUCUUGCUUUACUUUUUUUUUUUUUCCUCCAUUUUUAUUGAAAGACAUGUUUUUGAUCAGUACGGGGCUGACCAGAGCCACAUAGUUCCGAAGAGUUUCCCAGGGAUUAGUUUUGGUAACGUCACAGACUCCAUCUUGAGGAGAUGGAGAGAAGAAUUAAGAUUGUGUAUUUUGAUUUUACCUGUGAGCAGUGGGCAGGAUUUUGGUGGAAAGGAAUGGAAACUUCUUUUUGCCUCACCAAAAGUGCCCAGUCGUAAAUGUUUUCUUCCCCGUUUACUCCCUGCCCUCUUUUAUGUUUGCAGGUGCCAAAAUAAUUGACAGUUCUCCCUUCAUGCAACAUGUUAGCUCGUUAAUUAUACUGUAAAAGUCCUGUUCACUUGUUCAGCAGUACAUAGUACUGUAUGCCUGUACCAGGCAGAGUGCACCUGUGCUUGCACAUGAGUUGCCCUGAUUUUGUCCCAACAUCCUGGGAGAAUAUGGAAGUGACUGUAAAUGACUUCUGUGUCGCAGCCUGUGACUCAGCGAGGCAGGAUGGCCGCCCUUGCCAAGGUUUGCUUCUCUUUGCAGCAGUGCCUCACCCUCCCUCUAGAACGACAGUGUUUCUGCCCCUCCGAGAGCUCCCCCUCCACUUCCUUUUUGGGAUUUGCCAUCGUCUUCUGUUCUCUGGUCUCCUAUUUCUGGUGUUGUUCAAGUGAAGGAGGAGAUGUUCCCUCUAAUUUCUCUCUAGCCCGUUAUAACCUGCUAUCUUGGGGCAGCUUUUGAUGUCUGACAUGUCACCCUUCCCAGCUUGGUCUCCUACAACACUGCUGUCUUCAUGUGGCACCCUCACCACAAUCCCGACUCUGGUCAUUUGUGCCUUUCUCUUGUCAUCUCUGUACACUACUUAUAUUCACUGUGGGUCAGGGGAGCUAAUUUUAAGCAUGUUCAAUGGCAGCUCCCCUCCAGUUUCAGUGUCACUGUUAAAAUUUAUCCAAAAGCAACUUCACUGGGGGUUUUCUUAAGGGGUGAAGGCCUUUUACAGAUGCUAAACCCUUCCCCACAUGUGGUAGAAUGUGCUCUUCUAUAUUACUCCUCAAUAAAGCAUGUUCUCUGCUCAA